ACUGACUGUCCUUAGGCCUUGUGAUUCCAGACUGGAACCUGUGUGUUGUGUUGGGUAUCACACUACAGGACAGGAUAUGAUGUACAGUAGCAUCUCUCAGUCCAGCACAUGGGCACCAGGAGCACAAAGUUCUCCUAGUAGUGAGGUUUGUCUUGGGCCUCGUCCAGACUACCAUGACUGACCUCCUGGCCAACCUGAGUGUUCCAUGGGGCACACAGGCGAUUGUGAGACCCAACCUGACAGCAGCUGCCCUGGUUGUGCCAGGGUCAGACAAGUCUCUGGCCCCCUUCUGCACCUUCUGCUGCUGUGGCCUGCUGAACCGUACCCUGGCUGUGGUGUUUAUGGUCAGUCUGGCCUUCGCCAUAGUGGUGGGCAACGUGGUCACGCUCACCGUCUUCAUGCAGACAAGACAGGUCCGCACACCACAGGGAUACCUCAAAGUCUCUCUGGCCAUAGCGGACAUGAUGGUUGGAGUGCUGGUGGUUCCUUUCUCUGUCUACACUGAGAUCUCUCUGAUGGUGACCAGUUCCCCUCCUGUCUGGUACCAGGGGGGCACUGACCCCUCCAUGGGGGGCCUGGUGGGACCCUGGCAGCCCUGCAUGCUGAUUGGUCCAGUCUUCGCCGGCUGUACAUUUGUCUCCAUCAGCACUAUUUUCCUGAUGACGGUAGAGCGCUGUGUGGCCAUCUUAUGGCCCCUUCAUAAGGACCACCUGGUGACACGGAGACGUACCCUGUUUCUCAUCCUCUUCUCCUGGGCAGGCAGUUUCCUCCUGGCCCUGGCCCCCCUCAUCCUCAGCAACAACUUCACACUGGAGUACAGUGAGUGCAGCCGGAUGUGUAACUACGUCCCCCUGUGGGAUGGAGUCACGCUGCCCUCUGACGCCAACAUCCUCCUGCUGUUCCCUGUGUUUGACUUCACGCUGCUGGGCGGCACCCUGGUAUUCAACAUCCUGUCCUUCACCAGCAUCCGCCACUACACACGCAAACGUAAGCUCAUGUCAGAGGGGAAUGUAGGGGUCGAGGGAGGGGGAGGCGGCUGCCAACAUCGACCCUCCUUCUCUGACAUCAAGGCUGCCAAGACGAUCAGCAUUCUGACAUUUGCCUUCACGGCUUCCUUCACCCCCAUCGCUGUGUUUGUGCUGGGCAACGUGGUGGGCUUCACCUGGUGCAACUUCUCCUUCGUAGCCUUCUGGAUCCUGACUGGGAACAGCUGCUGUAAUGUGAUAAUAUACAGCGUGAGAGACCAGCGCUUCAAGAAAGGAGUGACUCUGCUUUUUCAGAGGGAGCACUCACCUUCCCACGGGGAGAAAGGCGGAGCUACACCACCCCCACUCACCUUGUGACUACACCCCAAACCCCACCUCCUCUAUUUUGAAAAGACAACCAGUGCCCUUUUAUUUAACUUUACUAUGAAUUAAUCGAUUUAAUCGGCAUUUAAUCGGCAUUUAACUUCAGGUAAAACAACGACAAAAAAGACACAAUUAUGGAAAAUGAAUUGUUUCCAUUUUUUUUCACUGUGUCUAAAUACUGAAACAUAACUGUAGCUAACCUAUGCGGUAUCUAGUAGUUGCCAGUUAUUCCCAGCAUCAUUUAAAUCAUAUGACUCAAGCUGUCUCAUUGGACGAGGUGAGAUAUCUGUGGGGGAUAUCUUAAUAACAUGCACUUUAUCAUAGAGUUGUCAGUAAUGUAUGGUUUUCAUUUGUUUUGUGACUAUCCAGAAACGUGUUCAUUUUGCACAAUUUUCUCUAUAAUAGCUUUUAUUUUUGCUAUAAUACCAUUAUAUUCAUGAGGAUGGCCUAAUCAAAUGUGAGUGAAUGAAAUGAAUCUAAAUGAAGAGUGAUGUUGAUUUUUUAUAAAGUUAUGGGCAAAUCCACAGGUCCCUGAUCUGUACUACACAGAAAUGCAUAAUUAUGGAUAUGAAUGUCAUUCUCUUCAAGGUGAUGCAUCCUGAAUAGGUUCACAAAGGUUUACAUAUGCAAUAUCCUCUUUUGCAUAUUUGGGUAUUAUUCUACACACUGGAUAUUAUUUUAAUGAGCUCUGCCCCCAACCAAGACCAAAUGAAAUCUGAACCAAUCAUAGAUGUCUUUGUUUCAUACGUUUGGACAUCAAAGUACAGCAGAGUACAGUAGAGUACAAUACAACACAGUAGAGUUCUGUACAGUACAGUAGAGUACAACACAGUAGAGUAGAAAUCAGUACAGUAGAGUACAAUACAACACAGUAGAGUACAAUACAACACAGUAGAGUUCUGUACAGUACAGUAGAGUACAACACAGUAUAGUAGAAAUCAGUACAGUAGAGUACAAUACAACACAGUAGAGUACAAUACAACACAGUAGAGUUCUGUACAGUACAGUAGAGUACAACACAGUAGAGUAGAAAUCAGUACAGUAGAGUACAAUACAACACAGUAGAGUACAAUACAACACAGUAGAGUUCUGUACAGUACAGUAGAGUACAACACAGUAGAGUAGAAAUCAGUACAGUAGAGUACAAUACAACACAGUAGAGUACAAUACAACACAGUAGAGUUCUGUACAGUACAGUAGAGUACAACACAGUAGAGUAGAAAUCAGUACAGUAGAGUACAAUACAACACAGUAGAGUACAAUACAACACAGUAGAGUUCUGUACAGUACAGUAGAGUACAACACAGUAUAGUAGAAAUCAGUACAGUAGAGUACAAUACAACACAGUAGAGUACAAUACAACACAGUAGAGUUCUGUACAGUACAGUAGAGUACAACACAGUAGAGUAGAAAUCAGUACAGUAGAGUUCUGUACAGUAGAGUACAAUAUAACACAGUAGAGUACAAUACAACACAGUAGAGUAGAAAUCAGUACAGUAGAGUUCUGUACAGUAGAGUACAAUAUAACACAGUAGAGUACAAUACAACACAGUAGAGUAGAAAUCAGAACAGUAGAGUUCUGUACAGUAGAGUACAAUACAACACAGUAGAGUAGAAAUCAGAACAGUAGAGUUCUGUACAGUAGAGUACAAUAUAACACAGUAGAGUACAAUAUAACACAGUAGAGUACAAUAUAACACAGUAGAGUACAAUACAACACAGUAGAGUAGAAAUCAGAACAGUAGAGUUCUGUACAGUACAGUAGAGUACAAUACAACACAGUAGAGUACAAUACAGCACAGUACAAUACAGCACAGUAGAGUAGAAAUCAGUACAGUAGAGUUCUGUACAGUAGAGUACAAUAUAACACAGUAGAGUACAAUAUAACACAGUAGAGUACAAUACAGCACAGUAGAGUAGAAAUCAGUACAGUAGAGUUCUGUACAGUAGAGUACAAUAUAACACAGUAGAGUACAAUAUAACACAGUAGAGUACAAUACAACACAGUAGAGUAGAAAUCAGUACAGUAGAGUUCUGUACAGUAGAGUACAAUAUAACACAGUAGAGUACAAUACAACACAGUAGAGUAGAAAUCAGAACAGUAGAGUUCUGUACAGUACAGUAGAGUACAAUACAACACAGUAGAGUACAAUACAGCACAGUACAAUACAGCACAGUAGAGUAGAAAUCAGAAGAGUAGAGUUCUGUACAGUACAGUAGAGUACAAUACAACAGAGUAGAGUAGAGUACAAUACAGCACAGUAGAAUACAAUACAACACAGUAGAGUAGAAAUCAGUACAGUAGAGUUCUGUACAGUACAUUAUAGUGUACUCAACUGUAGUGUGCCCUUCUGUGUACUGUACUAAACUCUACUGUACAAAACUAUACUUUUCUUUACUGUAUGGUACUGUGCUGUGCUGUGCUGUGCUGUCCAAACUUGUGAACCCAACUGUGAUUUGGGACUACUAUUUCAAGGCACAAUGCAAUGUUUCAUAAACUUACAGAAGGCAGAAACAUUUCUCCAAAACAAAAUAUGUGUUGAUAUUAGUUGGCAGGGGUCAUUUCUUCAACAUUAUUGUGUUUUGAUGUAGCUUUCAUUUGACAGCCAGUAUGAUGUGCUCCUACCUUUACAAGUUGGUGUUCAUAGGUCCUUUUACAUGAAAAUGACCUUGUUCAUCUCAUGGUUGCCAGUGUACACAAGGAAAAAUGUAUCUGAAUGGUACAACAAGUAAGAAUGAAUAUGAAACAUAAAUGAAACAUUUAUAAAUUCACUGAAAUAGACAUAACGAUUCAGAUGCCUUAUCUUAUGUUUUGAGUGUGAAUGACCCACAAAGACCAAAUCCUCUGUUUAAUCUGUUCUGUUUGGUGGCUGUAAAGGUAUACCAUUAGAGGGACUACAUUUACGUCUGAAUAUUCUCAUUAAAUACCAUUAUAUGUUGAGUAUAAAAUUAUUAUUAUUCAAGGAAAAACAUGCUCCAGAUAUUUACAGCACUUAUACAAUGUUGAUCGAAUAAAUGCUAAUCAAUUUAUUUAAAUUCAAAAAAUAUCUUACUUGAAAUUACAUGACUUAAAGUAAACAUUUUUAGCUUAAAGUAAACACAAUAGCAUUUUCAAUAAACAUCACCCAAAGAAAUCAGGAUAAUUUCCAUAUGAUCUGUACUAAAUAGCUGUUUGGUACAUUUUGUCACAGUGGCAAUGAUAAUAUUUCAUGAAAAUAAAAUAUCUGUUUUGAAAUAUUUUACAAGCUUAGAGACUUUGGUUUAUGUGAACAUUGCUGUGUCAAUAUUUAAGCACGGUACAGAACUUUAUCAGUAUUGCAUUAUUUAUCAGAUGACGUCAGAUGUUGUCAUAAACGCAUUUGGAAACA